AUGAUCGGUGUCGCUGAUCGUACGCCUUGCUUUCUAGCGGAGGCAGACUGGAGAAAUAUUCCGUUCUCAGGAGAUGGUCCGCCCAAGACAAUACUGGACAUGCUCCUCGACUCGCUGACUGAAAUUCCGGGGGUGCUGGCUGCAGCAGAAAAUCUGUCGAAAGGCGGACUGAGUCGAUAUGUUCUCGUUCAAAAAGCCUUUGAACUGGCAUAUAGGGUCAGAUGCUUGAUCUGGGACCUGGAGAAAUGGAAAAACCUCCAUAUUUGGACCUAUCCCGCAAUCGCCCAAGAACCCGACCUGAGGAAGUUGGAUCUCCUUGCUUUGUGCAAGCUCAUCACUGAGUUGCAUCCUUACGACGCCAGACUAGGAGAAGCUCUCAGCUGCUAUACUGGCGCACAGCUGAUCCUUGCUCGUGUAGCCCAGCGAUUAGGCGAGAGGAGUUUCCUCAUGAGGACUGCCCUUCGUCCGCCCCACACACUUCAUGAACUGGUUUCUGCAAUUGUCCUGGUUUCCAAAGCGCAGAUAACCGCGGAAGACUCAAACCUGAUCAGUUUGAUCGUCACGACUUUCCCAUUGAAAGUCGCCCAAGGCACGACCGAGUUGCAGGAUCCGGAACUCCACAAGGCAAUUCGAGAUUUGCUGGAUCAGGUUGCUGCUGAGUUUUCUCGCAGAUAUAAUUUGAAGUACACCACGUCGAGCCAGGCAUAG